GCGCACGUCUGGCAACCCUGAGAACCCUCCGUCUAUGAGCUUUGUUGACGUUAGCCUGAGAGGAUAGCAUGCUACCUGCUUUAGCCUGUUAAUACACAGGAUUAUAUAGUAUUGUGGGGAUAUAACGCGGUAGUUGUGUGUUUUAAUGCUUGCUUUAGGCGAGACUUGCUGAAAUGUGUGUGAGCAGUUUUUAUAUGGGUGAUAAAUAAUGAAUUUAUUCUAGUAAAGCUAGCUGGGCUCGUUGGGUUUAAACUAGGUUAGCUAAUCGCUGUUUCUGCUGUUUAACACUUCACAGUGAGAGGAGACCUCCAGCACAGCAGCCAUGUCGAAAGUGGAACGCCUGAAUGCCCGGGUUGCCAAAUUGCUCACAGUCGCCGUACAAGAAGUGUUGGAAGCCGUGAGGGAGACGGUCUCGGAAUACCAGGAAAAAACUGCCAGAACACAGAGAGAGAACGAGAGACUCAGGAAAAAGUUACAUGAACUCCAGGCCAAAUCAACCAGAAAUGAUGGAGGGGACCAUCCUGUUAGUCCAAGCCAUGAUUUUCUGAAAAGGUCUGAAACUGACUCGUCAUCGAUCAGCGUUCAGAAGAAUGGAGAGGUGAAGAAGACACUUGACUGUCUAAAUGUUGAGCAGACAGAUCUCAGCGAACCAGACACGAGUCCUACCUAUCCUGAACCUUCCCGUCAAAGCCCACUAGUGUUUUCCUACGAUUUGGAGCCAAAGGUACAACCAUCUACAUCUGGGCUUGAUGUCAAAGCAGAAACAGAGCGUCAAGUCUUGGUUCCUGAGCUCUGUAAAUCAUCAGACUUCAUUUCCCAUAAUGCCACAUCACCUAAAAAGACAGAAAAUCGUGCAAGGCAGUACAGUACAAACACAAGCGUUAAUAAAGUCUCUACUGACAACCAGCUUCAUUUGUCAGUUCAUGAGAUCAAAACGGAAGCAGAAACGGACGACUACGUGGGGUACGCACCUCAAGAAUUGUUUUACGAGGCUAUAGCAUUUCGCACAAAUGUAGAACAGGCCGAACAACCCAGCGGCUCUGGACUCCAGUUUGACCUUAAUGGACCUUUUGACAGGCUGACGGCUGAGGACAUGAACGAUAUUAACGCCACUCUAGAUGUAAGGAACCAGAGACACAAUGAACUUCUAAAUGGCUUCCCAUUCAGAAACGUCCACGAAAAGCGCUUCUGCUGCCCCUUCUGCGGACGGAGCUUCAGCCACGCCGGAGACUUCAAGAAGCACAAGAGGGUUCACACGGGAGAAAAGCCGUAUCUGUGCACUAUAUGUGGCAAACGCUUCAGUCAGUCCGGCUACCUGAAGAUCCAUCAGAGGUACCACACAGGGGAACGGCCGUACGGCUGCGGCCUCUGUGGAAAACGCUUUAGCCACUCCAGUAACUACAGAAAGCACCAACAGACUCAUAUUGGUCAGAACAUUUAGGAUUGGUGAUUGUAUUUUGACAUUUUGGUGCUUUUAAUGAACCUGCAGGUGUAGACUGCUCCAAAUGACAGGACUUUGUUGUGAAUUUGAAAUUGUUCUAGAAGUAUUAUAAUAGGAAUACUGCAGUAUGUUGUGAUGAUUGGACACUUCAUGACUGCAAAUUCUGCCGCUUAUGUCUGGUUCACACUACACGAAUAUAUAAGUAGUCAGGUGGUUGUGCUGUUCACAAUGGGAAAUUGCAGACUCACUUUUCCAAAAACAGAACUAAACGCACACAAGAACUAGUGGUGCCAUGCCAGAGAAUGUCUAGAGAAGAUAAUAUUCACCAGAAGUGAGUCCAAUGAAUGGGUUCAUAUGGAGCAGUUGAGCAAAAUGAGUUUAUAUAUGUUUGAUCAUUUUGUACUGAAAAUGUUCGCAUUUCCUCAACACAGAUUAAUAUCAAACUGUUACUGCUCAGGCUGUAACUGCAGGAUCAGCCCACCAACCAAUCAGCUCACAGUAGCAGUAAUCCAGCAUCUUCACUCACUGAAACAUGUUUACUGUAGAAAAGUUUUCUUAGCUUUUGUAAAAUAGUUCAUUUUACUUUUCUAAAAUUAAAGGAAUACCCUGGACAAGUGUAUAAUUACUAUUUUUAAUUUAAGUUUUUAGCCAUUUAGCUCUGUUCACCCCAUUCAUGGAGGACUCACUCGCAAGCACUGUUGUGUUUAAGUUAUUUUCUGAUAUAACAGGAGAAACAGAAAGUGGGCACGCUCUUAAUAAACAGCACUGAUCAUUCAGAAGAUAUUUUGGUUGGACACAUGGUUCUCUCUCUACAUUAUUCCAUUGGCUGUAGGUAGCUGCUGCUCACAGACUUACAGUUGUUGACUGGUCUAGAUAUUAUACCUGCUAGAUGUUUGCUGGGUGUACGUGACUGGUUAGCAAUGACUUGGUAAGGGCUCGGCGAGCACCUUUCAGCAGUUCACAGUACACGAGUGAGUGUGUGUCGAGUGAUUGCCAGUGUGCUUCUGAGCAGAGGUUUUUUAGUCAGCAAUCUGCAAAAAAAUAUGGGCUAAAAUCGUAUAGUGUGAACUAGCCAUUAAAGUAAAACUCUUCCAUUUUUAUCUAAUAAAUAUUAAACCAUGUUGACCUGA